AUGCCCGGUUUGGUCAAGUACAUCCAGCUUCCCAUACGUGGGAAUGAUGACCUUGCCGCAGGUGUGACAUUACCAGGAGACUAUGAUAGCAUCUCUAUAUACGUGUAUGAGAGCGCCGAAGCCUACCAAGCGGCGAUAAAAUCACCUGCUGGAGCGCUUCUGCAGGAAGACUCCUUGAAGAUCAUGGACAUGGACAGGAACGUGGCGAUCCCAGUGUACUACGGCCAGGAUUUUCACAGCGGUAUCGCUAGGGAGGAAGGACAAAGCUGGACGCGGCCAGAGGAGACAAAGUAA